AGUUGAGGAAGAGGUGCUUAAGGGGCAGGUAAUUAGAUUAUUAUAGAAUUGCAGUGGCGGUGGUUAAUCAUCAAAAGCUCUCUUUUUUAUGUAAGCGUGAGCGACUCAGUGAGUGAGUGAGGUAUAUAAAUCAACCCUCCUUUCCCAUUCCCCUUUUCUUUCACUCUCUUUAAUACUCUUUCCCUUUUUCUCUAUUCUAUCCCCACACUCUUGUUAUCAAAGGAAGAAAAACCCCUUUGAUUAAUUUGAUUAAAGUUUUUUUGAUUUGUGGAAAAAUAAAGCUUCAAUGGAAGGAACCGUGCUAAAAGAAGCACAGAAUCAGAAAUUGGGUAUCUUUCUCUUCCUACUUUUCAUUUAAAGUCUUAUCUUUCUCUCUCUUUCUUUUUUCAAGGGUUUGUUUUUGUUUGGUUUUAGUUUUGGUUUUGGUUUUUUAUUAUCUGUAACUCUCUCUUACUAGGGCUUCAAUCACCUUAUUUCUUAUCCUGAAAUCAAUGUUGUUUGCAUUUUUUCACUCUUUUUUAGUCUUUUGGGUCCUUCUUUAUCAAUUUUUGGUACUUUCAAGCUUUGGAAAUGGUAGCUGCUAAACUCGUGUGAACCUUUGGUACAUCUUUUUGGUACUUGGUUUUUGUUUCAUCAUUUAUUUCCCUCUUUCUCUUUGUCUCUCUUUUUUUCCCCUUACUUCAAGCUUUUCAUCAUUGUUUUGUGCUGUACAUGUUCUACUAUUUGCUUUGGCUAAUAUUAAAACCUGAAAGUACCCUUUGUGUUUGAUCAAUUUUUCUCUCAUUUUAGUUUGAUAUGAGUGACAAAGAAAAGUAUGAGGUGGAUAGAAAUGGGGAUCCUAUGAGUUACUCUUCUGGUAUGCCUCCUGAUUGGAGAUUUGAGGGUGGUAAUCUUGUGAAUUCAUCUGUUGGUUUGGUUUCAAUUGGUGAUUCUAUGAAUAUCAAUAGAGGGGAUUUGGUUGGUUCUUCUUCAUGUUCCUCUGCCUCAAUGGUGGACUCUUUUAGUCCUAGCUUUUGGGAACAUUCAGGAAAUUCCCAGAAUUUGGGAUUUUGUGAGAUGAAUGUUCAACACAAUGGGAGCUCUUCCAAUGCGGUUGGAAUUAGAAAAGAUGGCUUUGGUUUUGGAAGAGGUGGUCAUGAUGAAAUAGGUUGGAACCAGGCUAGUUCUAUGUUGAAAGGGGAUGGUUUUUUACCAAAUGGACAAGGGGUUUUUCCUCAGAAUUUAUCUCAGUUUCCAGCUGAUUCUGGUUUCAUUGAAAGGGCUGCAAGGUUCUCUUGCUUCGGUGGAGGGAAUUUCGGUGAUGCGAUGAACUCGUAUGGGAUUCCUCAAUCCAUGGCUAUGUAUGUUGGUGGCGCGGUUCAUGGUGGUAGGGAUGCUCUUGCGACGGGCAUUGGAUUGAAAAUAGCAACUGGUGGACAAUCACAAGAGAGUAGUGAUCCUAAUGUAAUUGAAGCAGCUACAAAAGGCGUGUCUCCCUCUGUUGAGCAAUUGGCUACUAGAGGAAGCCCUUUAAUGAAUGAUAAACGCGAGACUCAUGCCAUAUCUCGAGAUGAAGAGAAGCAGGCUCUUGUUCGGAAUGCUAACGAUUCUGAUAGAGGUGAGUCGGGAGAUGGUGAUGGUGGUGGUGGACAGGGUGGUUCGCCAAUGUUGGAGGGUACUACUAGUGGGGAGCCUUCUAUUAAAGGACUAAACUCGAAGAAAAGAAAAAGAAGUGGACAUGAUGCUGAUAACAAUAAAGUUAAUGAAGUUCAAGAACUACAAAGUGAAGGAGCAAAGGACAACCGUGAGAAUCAACAGAAGGGAGACCAACAGCCAACUUCAACCACCAAGGUUUCUGGGAAGAAUGCCAAACAGGGCUCUCAAUCUUCUGAUCCACCUAAGGAGGAAUAUAUACAUGUUAGGGCUCGGCGGGGUCAAGCAACAAACAGCCAUAGCCUUGCAGAGAGGGUGAGGAGGGAAAAGAUAAGUGAAAGGAUGAAGUUUCUUCAGGAACUUGUGCCUGGAUGCAGCAAGGUCACCGGCAAGGCAGUGAUGCUGGAUGAAAUCAUCAACUAUGUACAGUCACUUCAACGACAAGUUGAGUUUUUAUCUAUGAAACUUGCAACAGUAAAUCCACGGCUGGAUUUUAAUAUCGACGGCCUUCUUGCUAAAGAUAUUCUUCACCAACGGCCCGGUCCUUCAUCCGCACUAGGGUUUCCUUUAGAGAUGGCUAUGAAUUUUCCUCCAUUACAUCAAUCUCAACCAGGGCUGAUUCAGUCAGUUAUUCCAAACAUGACAAACCCGUCCGAUAUCCUUCGUAGAGCUAUUCAUCCGCAAUUGAGUGGAGGGUUCAAGGAGCCAAAUCAGAUGCCUGAUAUGUGGGAGGAUGAGCUUCACAAUGUUAUACAAAUGAGCUUUGCAACAACUGCUCCCACGAGUAACCAAGAUGUGGACGGUAAUGCUGUAUCAAAUCAGAUGAAAGUUGAACUUUGAUGUUAAGUCUGAAACACGUAUUUCAGCUUUUGUUUCAGUCAGAUGGAAAUAACUACGGUCAAAGUUUUACAUAUGACUUGCCAAACUUGUUAAUGCCGAGGCCUUCGUUCGAGUAAGUGGCACCCUACAGAUGACUGGAUGUAGAUGUUAGGGAAAGUAUUGAUGAACGUUCCUUUCUUUUGAAGCGUGAAUAUAUGUAUCAUAUGUUUAGAAGUGGAAGUCUAUUUUACUGAAAUAGGUUUGCUCACUAAAUAUAAUUGAAGAAUGUAAAGGCAGGAUCUCACUAAGAUUGUUUCAACCAGGUGAAAUUCUAUAGCAUUUUUUGUUGGGCUGGCCA